AAUUAAUCAAACGGUGCAAAUAUGUUUUAAUUCAAUCACACAGGAGUAAUCAAAUCAGACGGUAAACAUCAAAUCCAAUUUCCCACCAAAUUAUCCCUUAUAUAUUCCAUUUUUUCAGUUUCCAUCUAAAAACCGUUAUUCUCUUUUCUCUCUUCUCAAAACCGUUAUUCACUUCAAUCUUCUUCUUCUUCAAUGAAAUUUCGAGAACCUAAAUCGAUCUUCAACCACAUCGCUUCAAGGGAACUCAAUUCCUUUCACGUUCAGAAACGACCUAAAAUGGAUAAACUACUCUCUGUCUACAAUGAAAUUGAAGCUAUACAUAUAUUCAACGAUGAAUUCGAUUUUAUACCAUUUGCUAUCUCCUUCUCUAAGACUUCAAAACGUUGCUACGACAUCGCUGUAGCUGAUGAGCAUGGCUACGUGACCUUGUUUGACACUCGACGCAACAAAACAAAGAAGAUAUGCGAAUGGAUUGCGCAUCAAGUGAGCUCAACUGUGUUUUUUACUGAAGUUUAUGAUCUCUGUUGGAUUAAGGAAGAUACCCAAAUUCUCACUGCUUCUGGUGAUAAAACUGUGAAAGUAUGGGAUCUUCAACAAAAGGAUUGUCUUGGAGCUUUAAGGGGGCACACAGACUUUGUUCAAUCUAUUUGUUCUCAUCCAACUAAUCAUGAUAUUAUUGUCUCUGGUUCAAGAGAUAAAUCGUUUCGUCUUUGGGACUUAAGAUGCAAGUCAAAUGCUGAGAGUGGAGAUGGAGAGAUUAGCAUAAGUUCAACUGCUGUCGUCAAACGCGCCCAUCUUUAUUAUGAUGAAGAAGACAGACAAGUUGAUUCCAUGGGCAUUAGAUCUGUUCUUUGGCUCAAGGAUCAAGUUUCCAUAGCCACUGCUGGGUCAAAAGAUAGUGUGCCAAAGUUUUGGGAUACCAGAUAUUUGAAACAAGAUGUCACAUAUACAGGUCUUCUUCCUCGGUCAACAGAAAAGCAAAGAUUACAUGGUUUAACUAGCUUGUCCCAAGAUGACCAUGGAGUUUUCCUUUUAGCUUCCUGCAAGGAUAACCGAAUUUAUCUAUAUAAUAUACUUCAAAAUAAAAAGGAGCCUUUAAGAUAUUUUGAAGGAGAUAGAAUAUCAUUUUCCGGAAAGGCUGCAAUUAGCCCUGAUGCAUUGAACAUAGGUUGCUGUUCUAGAGAAGGAAAAGUAUAUAUUUGGCAGCUUAACAAGCCUGAAGAAGAACCUACUAUUUUGAGUCCGAAAGAGGAAGAAUCUGCUUACGGGUUUUACUGGUCCUGCACCGAGUUUGGAAAAUUUGCAACUUCUGGUGAUUACAGAGUCCGGAUAUGGAAUAAAGAAGUUACAAUUCCAGAAUAAAGUCUCUCCGUUCGCCAUCCAAAUAAGAGUAAUGGCAAUGCUUAGUAAAGAGUGAGCGAGUGACUAUGGUUUACUAUCCAAAGAAACACCACACUACCUAACAAAAUCAGCCACUACAAUCACAUCACCAAAAAUGACUACAUCUGAAUGCCAUAAGAAUAAGCUUUCACCGGAAUUUCUUAAACUGUGUUCUUGGGUUAUUACUGUCAUAAAAGGGUUGGUUAUGCAACCACUCAUCUGUUGAGUACUUGAGUUUUGUACUCCCAAAUUCUUGUCAAAAUUGGAGAGGUUAAAAGCCAAAAAACAUGUAAAUCUUGACAAAUAUUUGCUUCCUGCCUAUUUGAUAGAGAGACAAAGGGGGCGUGUUCUAUAUCUACUUGAUGAAUGAUUUGCAUAUGAAUUCUGAUUGUCAUGUUUUUUGCUAUGCAAUUUGGCUAAAAUGUUUAGUACUUGAUGAAGGAAAUCAACAAACAAGAAACAUAUAGACAUUCUUUGAUUGGAUCUCAAACUAAAACCAUCGAUUGUCAAGCUUAAGCAUGUAUAUUUCUACUAGUGGUACUUCCUAUUAUUAAUAGGAUUAUCACUGUUCACUAUCUCCUUUCAUUAUCUUCCAAAUUUUUUUAUCAAUAGUACGGUAUUUAAUCAUCUAUUGAUAGUUAUUAAAAAAGCACAAGUUGUAUGUGAGGAAACAAAGAGACAAUGCAAAAUUCAUCUCUUUGCUUGGAAUAAAAUUUGUUCUCCAAAGAUGUAGGGAGGUUUGUCUUAGGAAAACAGCCUUUCUCCAAGGAAGUUGGUUAGAGAUUAAUUGACAUGCUGGCCUCAAUUGUAAGAUAUAAAUAAAGAUGUGGGCUUGAUUUAA